AUGCGUUUGGAAGAGGUGGAUGGAAUAAUCGCACAGUGCGCUCCGGAUGCCCUUAGCAAAGCGGUAAGUAAGCUGUUUCGACGUCUUUUAGCAAAUAUUCUUCUAAACCCCGACAAUCCUACUUUUCGUGCCGUUCGCAUGAAUAAUGCGGCUGUUCAGAGCGCAGUACGGGGUAUACCCGAUUCGGUUGUAGAAGCAUUGUUUAGCAUCAUUGGAUUCAAACUUGAACACCGUUCCGGUUCGGAGCCGCAGUACGUCUUUGGUGGUGACCCACAGGGACUAGGUGAUUCUGAUCGUUUGCUUUCAUAUAUAGAGAAGAGCUUGGAUGAGGCGAAAUUGAGUUCUUCGCAAUUUCGACAUCCUCCCAUCUCCUCCCGCACCGGUUUGGAACGAAACGAGCGAAAGGACCUUCUUAUCAGGGAAAUUAGGCGAAACAUAGCAGAGCGGGGGAGUGAGUCAGGCGCAGGAGCACCCGUUGAAUCUCAAGAUGUGUUUUGUACCGACGAUUUUGCCUCAGUGGAAAAUCUAAAGGACAUUGCGAAACGAACACUUUUAAACACUGGGAGGAUACGUAACGCAUUUUUUGGCUGUCGCCACUUUUCACUUCGUCGGAUGACUCGUGGAAGGGUAUAUGUAUGCAAGGAAGGGUGUCCGGUGAACUACCUUGAAGCACAUUGGCAUCUUUUUACGGGGAAAAAUAUGUUAUAUUCUUAUGUUGCUCACCUUAACGAAGAUGGUUCCUCGGUUGCACACCUUGGUGUGGAACACGGAUACCAGUAUAACUCGCUACCAGGGACUACAAACUUCAGGAAAACCAUCCACUUCUCCGCUAAGCGGACAAAUGAGAAAAAUGGAAGGUUAGACUACUUAGAGCACCCCAAUCAACCUUCAAAGGCAUGUGUCUAUUGCGAUGUCUCGUUUUCACAACUGUUUUUGUGA